AUGCCACCCAAGAAGAAGGUUACUGAGGAUGGUGCCGACAUUGGCGGCGACGGCAAAUUCUGCUGGACCCCCGAGAACGAGCGCACACUUCUCCUGCUAGCCAUGAACCGCGGCACCCUCACCAAAGACGACUACUACAAGAUGGUCGGCGCCUUCCCUGGUCCUGCUGGCACUAACUGGGACGCUAUCCGCCAGCGGUUCAUCAAGAUGCGUAAGGAGCAGCGUGCGCUUUGUGAGCAGCUGGAUUGGCCUCUGCCUAGUGGCGCAGAGAAGACUCCUAGGAAGACUCCGAACAAGUCGCCUAAGAAGAGGGGUGCGGGUGGUGAGAAGGGUGAGGAGGGUGGGGAUGCUGAGGUAGCUGGAGAGAUGGAGUCGCCUACUAAGAAGCCGCGUGCCCGCAAGCCGAAGGAGGAGUUUGUUAAGAAGGAGGUCGAGGAGGAUGAUGGGCUUGGUGAUAUUGAGUCUGACGAGGACCUGAGCUCUUGUCUCUCCAAGGGCUUUCGAGUCUGAUAUGACCGUUGACUGAAUGCUUGCUGGAG